AUGGACCCAGUAAAGCGGCGACUUGUGUACGUGGCUGAUGAAAAUGAGGUACUUCUGAGUGAGCUCUCUGGCACUCCACCGACGCGGCAGUCGCGUCAUACGCGGCUUCUCGUGCCGCUCUCUCCGCCAACGUCUUCGCAGCAAUCUCCCCACUCGGUGUCCCCGCCUCCGCGACCAGUCGAUGAGACCGCCAAAGCAGCGCCUGUGCUGACGGCUGACAAAGCGUUGCUCGUCUCCUAUGAUGGAUUUCUGCUCACUGACGGCAGCGGGCGUUUCUCCACGCCCCGCGACGCUGCGCAGGCCGCCAACAUUCGCGCUUCUCUAAAGACAUGUCGUUCAUUUUUGAAAGGGUUCUUGAACGCGGGGCGACCGGAGAGUGAGUCAACAGAGUCGUGCAGCUCUGGGGCCUCUAGCUCCACGUACAUGGAGGAAGAAGACUCUGACUUGGAGGACACCAGCAGCGAUUAUUCGCCCCCGGCACGCCCGCGUGCCGCCAAAGCUGCAAGAGCGCGUCCCCGACAUUCCCUUACGCACAGCCCGUCACAGAUGACAGUGGCGGAACUGAAAGAACUCCUGCGUCAUCGUGGACUUUCGAUUACCGGUAACAAGGCCUGUCUCGUGAAGCGCGCACAGAAGCUGCGUGCGCAUAAAUCCGGCCACGUAUUGGAAACUGCGCCUCUCUCUCCCGCUGCAAGCCAACGAACGUUGCAGAGCUCUCUCCCGCAUGAGAUUACGCUGAGCUCUGGCACAUCGGUGUCGUCUCCACCAUUGAGUCCGCGGUCGUCGCAACGCAAGUCGCCAAACUGCCACACAAGUGACGAGAAGAACAACAGUAUUUGGGGUGCGCUGGUGCACGCGGGCUCGCGCCUUUUUCGGGGAGGACAACGCGCGUCUUGGGGGUUUCAUACGCGUCCAUCGGAGGACGCCGACGACGCACCGUUUUCGACGCGUCGCCGACUCAGCGCGUAG